AUGGCCGAACUCAAGGACAACCUAGGUCCCUACGUCCUCGAGACAACGCUUGCGGCUGACCGCGCUGACGACUCCUGCUACGUACUCAAUGUCGGUCGCGACCAGAAUGGCGACGUUACUUCUUCCUUAAAGCACGUGAACGAGCAGGUAGACGACUACCUAAUCAACGUCUAUGAUCGCCUUGUUCCAGUCACCAAACUCUAUGUCAUCGGCGAUUGGAAGUCGGCUCGAGCGAAGAAAGAUAGCGAACAAGCCAGUGCGCCCGAGGAGCAAAAGCGUUAUGCGAACGAGCCGCACUGGUCCACCAAGUCCGAGCAGAACUGGCACGAUGCAGGCGAGCAAAUCGCGAAGCUCGUUGAACAGAUGCCUGCGCUCAAAGAGUUGACCUGGAUCUCAGACCUACCCUUCAUGGCUGUCAUCUGGACGAAGUUGUCCAACUCGCUUACGAAGCUUGUCCUCGACCUCGGUCAGCCUGUCCGCCUUCAGCAAGAUGGUGAGAACGAGUACAAAUCAUACAUCAGCCCAGCAGAGAUGAAGCCGCUUGUCCAGCAGACUGAGCUCGAGGAGCUUCGACUGUUCCGUAUGCAUGACUCACUCCAGUCCAUCUACUGGGAGGCUGUCUUCCGCAAUACGUCCAAGACCGGUAUGCGCGUGCUGGACCUCGACAUGGCGGCGCCUCCGAUCGUGCGGAAAGAGCACUGGCACAAGGCUGAAGACGUCCGUGGCUUGACCGUUCCGAAGAUAGAUUCAAAAGAAAAGGAGUACAAGGGCAUAGACGGAAAGGGAGUAUUACACUACUCUUUCGGCACCGGCGAGUAUCUUGAUGACUUCAGCAUGCGCAAGGGACGUAUUGCGGCUGGAUUGGAAGAGGCCAACCCGUUUCCGUUAUGGUGCCUCAAACUCAACGGCUUCGUCGUCGACUACCUUCCGUUCGAACAAGAGCUCUCUCGUAUCGCGUUGUUGACCUGCGGUAAAGAUUGCGUGGAUAGUGGCCUACGAGCCCCAAAGACUUCCCGCAAUCCAUACAACAGAGAGGGCAAGGUCGUCAACAACCAUUGCCUGAUCCAAUGGCCUAACUGGACUGGAGUGUUUGAUGAUCGUGGCGACCCGAUACCGCUAACAAAGGAGUCUCUCCAGAUGAAGGACCUAGGCGAGGCCUUGGAUGGCGCAGCCAAAGAAGACGGCUACUUCUCAGCGCAGUCACCAUUGUCACCAGGCAGUGCUGUCACCUCCCAUUUGCAACCGCAAGAGACCGUGUCUUCGGCAAGUCUCCCUCAUGUCCCAGUGACUGAUAGCGAGACACCUGUCACUCUCGCGACGACCGGAAGCCCUGCCGCAGACGGAGACACGUUUUCUGGCGAAACCUCUUCGACAGGCGCGAGCCUGGUACUUGUCGACAGCGCGACCUCCGAAGACUCUAUCGUUUCCAAUGAUAGCAGCUUCGACCAAAUCCUGCCAGCAGACAUCGACGAAUCCUCGGUAAAAGCUGCGACAGCCGUCAAGAACGGUAGCUUCAAGCACAAGGUAAGAAGAUCUUGGGAUUGGUUGUCUGGUUCUGGUUCUGGCGCUGCUCCUUGA